AUGUUUGGUGGUGUAAAGUGGUCACCGCAGUCAUGGAUGAGUGACACGCGGUCUUCCAUUGAGAAGAAAUGUAUUGGUCAAGUAUAUAUGGUAGGAGCACAUAAUGCAGGAACACACGGCAUACAAAUGUUUUCCCCGUUUGGAUUAGAUGCCCCUGAAAAGUUACGAAGCCUCCCUCCAUAUGUGACCUUUCUUUUAAGAUUUCUUACUGUUGGUGUGAGCAGCAGAUGGGGACGUUGUCAAAAUCUUUCUAUUCGACAGCUUUUGGAUCAUGGGGUGCGUUAUCUCGACUUACGCAUGAACAUAAGUCCGGAUCAGGAAAAUAAAAUUUACACAACGCAUUUCCAUAUUUCUGUUCCACUACAAGAGGUUCUGAAGGAUGUCAAGGAUUUCUUGACCACACCUGCAAGCGCCAACGAAUUUGUCAUCCUCGAUUUCUUGCAUUUCUACGGAUUUAAUGAGAGCCAUACGAUGAAGCGCUUUGUUGAGGAGCUGCAAGCACUUGAGGAGUUUUACAUUCCCACAACCGUCUCUUUAACCACACCACUUUGUAACCUCUGGCAGUCAACCAGACGUAUUUUUCUUGUUGUGAGACCUUAUGUAGAAUACCCUUAUGCACGACUCCGCAGUGUUGCGCUUAAAUCCAUUUGGGUUAAUCAAAUGGAGUUGAAUGAUCUUCUCGACCGGUUGGAGGAACUCAUGACGCGUGAUUUGGAAGAUGUCAGUAUUGGCGGGGUUCCAUCUAAAAUGUACGUCACGCAAGCUAUCGGUACGCCGCGAAAUAACGACUUUGCGGUGGCAGCGUGUUGUGGCGCGUGUCCCGGUUCACAUCCCGAUUUGUAUUCCGCUGCAAAGCAUAAAAAUCCACAUCUUUUGCAGUGGUUUUAUGAUUUAAAUGUUAAUGGUGUUAUGCGAGGGGAGCGUGUGACUAUAAGACGGGGAAACAAUACACAUGGAAAUAUACUUUUGCUUGAUUUCGUGCAAGAAGGCACUUGUACCGUUAAGGGAGUCGACAAACCGAUGAAUGCCGUUGCGUUAUGCGUUCAUUUAAACACCAACCAAACCGCAAGGUCAUAA